AUGGAGGCGAGUGCGAACGAACCAGCUAUGAAAAGCUUGAAAUCCUCUCCGUCAGUACAGAUACCGAACUUUUUCGUAUCGCUCUCCUCGGCAUUUUCGCAAACACCUCUUGUGCGUAUGAACAAACCCAAUUUGCUACUUCUACCACCAGCUUCAGACUCCGUCAAGUUGAUUCAAGACUUCCAGAGGUCUCUGACCUCUGCUACUGAGAAAUUCGCAGGGUUUAUCCACUCGCUCGCGUCUAAGAACCCUCUCUUUCAGCAAGCGGCUCGCUUGUCUUCCGAAUUUCACGUUCUGUGCGACGAGAUCCGUUUGAGAAACGCUACAAGGGUGAGGUUUGCAAUGUCUCAUCACGGAUUUGCAGCGGUGCUGCCUGGAGAUUCAGUAGCAGGAAUGGUGGUUGCAAACGGGUUGAUAAACUUCCUCAACAUAUACAACACCAUCCUUGUUGUCCGUCUAGUACUCACCUGGUUCCCAAGUGCUCCUCCUGCCAUUGUUAGCCCCCUCAGCACUUUAUGUGAUCCGUACUUGAACAUAUUCCGGGGUAUCAUACCACCUCUCGGAGGAUUGGAUUUAUCUCCCAUUUUGGCGUUCCUUGUUCUCAACGCCUUCACCAGCACUGCUAUGGCGCUUCCUUGCGAGCUCCCACCAGCUGAAGGAGCGGCUUCUCCAUCUUCUAGUGAGACAAAGUGGAUGAGAAGGAGAAGAUUGAGCAAUCACAAGGACCCUAGACCAAGCUCCUCUUCUAUGAACUGA